AUGAGUGGUGCUCCCCAGGGAUCAGUCUUGGGGUCUGUCCUGUUUAAUAUCUUUAUGGAUGAUCUGAACAAAGGGAUUCAGUGCACCCUCAGUAAGUAUGCAGGUUACACUGAGUUGUCUCCACAAGUGACGAUACGCCUGAAGCUCGACGGCCGCACUUGCUAUCGACACGACCGGCAAGCCGCCCUGGCGCCGACCCACGGGGACACCGCCCCUCCCCUCAGUCCUCAGCUGGGCGCGGCCAUCGGGAGCGGCGCACGCCGCCCGCUGGGCCCCGCCCGCGCCUGCGCAGAGAGGCGCGGAGAGGCUCCCCCGCCCGCGAUGGAGGUGGUGCUGGCCGACGCGCUGCUCGCCCGCGGCGGGGAUCCCGGCGAGCUGCUGCGGGCCGUGUGCGCGCCGCUCUCCGCCGAUCGCGCGGAGGCGCUGCGCCUCCUGCUCCAGCGCCUGGCCGCCGGCGGGCCGCGGGGCGAGGCGGAAGGCGAGGCGCUGCGGCGGGCCGCCUGGGAGGUGGCGCUGGAGCGGUGCCGGCCGCUGCUGCGCCUCGGGGAGGGGGCGGCGGGCGGCGCGGAGCGGCUGCGGCUGGGUCGGGCGGCGCGGGGCGCGCUGCGGCACUGCGUGCAGCUGUGCGGGGCGCCGCUGGCCGCCCGUCUCGCCCGCGACGCGCUGGCCGAGCUGGCGGGCGGCGGGCCGGGCGCGGAGGCGGCGGUGGAAGCGCUGGCGGCGGCGGCGCCGCGGCUGGAGGAGCCGGCGCUGGUGGCGCGCUGCGCGGCGGUCGCGCUGGCGCUGGUGCGAGAGGAGGGCGAAGGCGAGGCGGCGGCCGCGCUGGUGGCCGGGCGGCUGCUGCCGGCGCUGGGCGGCAACGCGCCGGCGCUGGGACGCGUGUGGGACGGGCUGCUGGGCGGCGGGCCGGCGCCGCGGGCCGGGCGGGCGCUACUGGCGCUGAGCGCGCUGGCCGACGCGCUGCUGCCGCCGCGGGGCCCGGGGGCGGCGGCGGACGCGCGGCUGUGUCCUCGCUUCUGGAGGCUGGUGCAGGAGGGGCUGACCGAGCGGGACGGGCUGUGCCGGAAGAGGGCCCGCUACCUGCUGAAGCGCGCCGUGGACCUCAGCGGCGGUCAGGCCGCCUGCCUGCGCUGCCCUACGGACGGCCCGGACGAAUCAAGUCUGUUUUGGUGGUCUGCUGAGGAGAAUGAGAAACUCCUGCAGUUCUGGGAAACUUACAUUUUGAUCAUGGAAACUUUGGAAGGAAACCAGAUCCAUGUCAUAAAGCCAGUAUUACCUAAACUAAACAGUUUAUAUGAGCUUGCUAUAUCAGGAGAAGAAGGUUGUUGGUUGUUUCACCCAUCGUGGCACAUGUGCAUCUAUAAAAGAAUGUUUGAGAGUGAGAAUAAAUCAUUGACAAAGGAAGGGGUUCUUCAUUUUUUGGAGCUUUAUGAAACAAAGCAUCUUCCAAAUUCACUUGGUUUUUCAGAGUUUGUUAUUGGACCAUUAAUGGAUGCCCUCUCAGAAAGUUCCCUUUAUAGUAGGACACCAAGUCAGCUAAUGGGAGCCUGUCCUCCUUUGGGAAUGAGGCUUCAGAAAUUUUUGGCUACUUAUCUGAUGCUUCUUCCAGAAGAAGAAAAAGGUGGUUUCCUGUUAAAGUUUAUUCAGAAGAUGACAAAUCGGCAUUGGUGUGCUGUUCCCAUUUUGUUUCUUUCUAUGGCUCUAGCACACAUCCCUGCAUGUAAAGUACUGGGCACUGAUGGACUUCAUGCUUUAAGAGAUGUCCUCCAGUGUACCAUGAUUACACAUCAGAUUUUGUUGCGUGGAGCUGCUCAGUGCUAUCUUCUUCAAACAGCCAUGCAUUUGACAGAUGUGGAGAAAGUGUCUCUUCCAGAGGUUGCCAGCUUUCUUUUGUCCCUUAGACCAGAGGAGUCCCUACGGAGAGAUACUGCGUUAUGGAUGGAGCUUUGCAGUUGGCUGCAAGUGAAUGACAGAUGCUUUGGGAAGUCUGUGUGCUCUGAUUUUGAGCAUCAGGAGAUCUCAUCACUGUGUUUGUAUGCGAGCAGUCUUGUGAGAGAGUACCUUAAGACUCCUGCAUCUGAAGGAGAAAAUUGCUCUAUGCCUGACUGGUUUGAAGCUAAGCUUGUUGCAACAAUGAUUCUGUUGGCUGCUGAUGUGGAACGGAUGAGGAAUAAAUCCAGUGGAAAAAGCAACAUAAAAUGGAUUGAACUAGAGGCUUUCUUGAACCCUCUUCUGGAUGUCUUGAUGAAACUUGGCAGUAAUGCUUACAUACCAACACUGAAAACAGAUAAAAGCCUACAGCUUCUCUUGAAGUUAUUGCAGACCCGUUCGUUAAAAUGUUCCAAUACACAAGAUGAUGAGGUAUUGUUUUUUAUCUGGAAAUCUCUAGUAACACCUGUGGAGAGUGUUCUUGAAUUUAUACUCCGGCGGCUUACUGCAAAUGAGUUAAGUACGGUUGGUGACCUGGAUCGUUGUGACCUAUACUUAGCCUUAAUUCCAGAGAUUGUGAAUCUGUGCUUGCAACUCAGCUCAAAAAAGUUGACAACUGUCAAGAAAUUCAUCUCAUCCCUGACUAAUGCCUCUAUUCGUAAUUUUUGGGAAACAAAUUCUGCAGAGGAGCUGAAGCUUAAGGAACAAAUAAAAAAAGUAACUAGUAUAGCCUCACUCACAGCAGUUUGUGAGCUAGUGGAUCAGAAACCUGAAGCACACCUUGAAGAUUUGCCUUCUGUGGAUGCUUUAAAGAGAUUUACUGCCUUUUCCCAAUUUAAUGAAGUAUUAAAGAAACCGUCUUACAUUGAAGAAAAAAGUGGCUUAUGUGAGGAAGCAUCUCAGGGAUGGGGAAGAAUUGUUGCACGCUAUGUACGUGACCAGUGGAUUUGCCUGUGUUUUGCUUUAAAUAAACUUCCAAUGUUGGCUCAAGAGUAUGAAGAAGGAACUUCAGAACUGUUGUUAACUGCUGAAAGAUCAAAAGAAAUUCUAGAAUCUGCAUUGGAAGCCCUAACUAUUCUUCCUUCAGACCAAGUUUUACCUGUGUUUGACUGCAUGAAAGUCCUUGUUCCCAAGCUUCUGAACUUACAGGAAUCUCUCUGCAUAGAAGCAUUCGAUUUGGCUUGGAAAAUCAUAUCCUCUUUGAGCAAUACACAGCUAAUAUUUUGGUCUAAUCUGAAAGCUUUUGUUCGGUUCAUCUUUGAUAAUGAGGUUCUAGCUGCUGCAAGUGCAAACGGCCCAGCGUAUGCCAAGAUAAAAGAGAUAAUACUCAAGCUCAUAGAUAUGUCCACUACAAAAACUGGAGUCUUCAACGUAGUCCUUAGUCACUGUUGUCAAUCAUGGAUACUUCCCACUUGCGAUAACAGAAGUGCUGUGAGAAAUCCUUUCUUAAAUGCUGGGAAUUACUGUGAACUUAUCAUCGAGGGCUGUGUCUUCGGAACUGUAUUUAGGAGAGAUCAAAGACUUAUUCAGGAUGUGCAUGCCUUCAUAGAAAAUCUUGGAGAAAAUUGUGCAGCAAAUGUUGUUACUGAAAGUACAAACCGAGAUGAUCACUAUGUACGGAUUUGUGCUAUUAAAUUUCUGUGCUUGUUGGAUGGAUCGAAUAUCUUGCAUAAGAGCUUUAUGGAAGACAUUGUCAUCAAACUACUUGAGAAAGAUGAGCUGGUGUCCAGAUCUAGAACACGUUAUUAUGCAAACUCAUUACAGCAUAGAAUUAAAAACCGGGUAUGGCAAACACUCCUAGUUCUUCUUCCAAAGCUGGAACAGAAUUUCUUGUGUGGAAUCCUUGACAAAGUCUUUCAGGCUGGAUUUGGUAACAAUCAAGCAUCUGUGAAGUACUUCAUAGAAUGGGUUGUUAUCUUGAGUCUACAUAAAUACCCCCAAUUUCUCAAUAAAUUCUGGGAUUGCUUCUGCUAUGAUGAAGAAAAGCUUAAAACAAGCAUCUGUACAUUUUUAUCAGUGUUAUCACAUUUUGACACCAUUCUUCAAAAUACCUCAGAGAAGAAGCCAAUUCUGAAGAAAGCCCUCUUGGUAGUUCUGCAGUGGUGUUUCAACCAUAAUUUUAGUGUCCGACUUUAUGCACUGGUUGCACUUAAAAAAAUCUGGGGUAUGUGCAGAAUGUUGGAUGUGGAAGAAUUUGAAGCCCUGACACCAGUUAUUGAAUCGAGCCUUCAACAAGUGGAAAACAUGCAUGGCACAGGGAAUGCUAGAAGAAACUGGCAGAGAAUCCAGGAUCAUUUCUUCUUUGCAGCAUUUCAUCCACUCGAGGACUAUAAUCUAGAGACGAUAUUUUGUACUCUUCCACGCCUUUCAGAAGUUGCUGAGGAUGAAUGGAUCUCUCUCUGUAAAUUUGAGAGGUUUACUGACAUUCCUUUGCCGCCAGCAUUUCAGUGGUAUCGUUCUCGAGCUGAACUUCUUGAUCUAAAACCAAGUGACUGGUCUCAGCAAGACACAGGUUCAAGUUCACUUGACACAGAUGGCCAAACAGAGUGGACUGAUGUUCAGAAAAAGAUCAUACCCUGGAAACACAGUACUCCUAGUUCAGAUCUGGAAAUGGUAUUGCAGGACCGUGCUGCUAAGCUUGGUAAAUCAAACAGCAGACUGAUUGUGGUGGCUUCACUUAUUGAUAAACCUACCAAUUUAGGAGGUUUAUGCCGUACAAGUGAGAUAUUUGGGGCAUCUGCACUAGUUGUUGGCAGCCUUCAUUACGUACAGGACAAACAGUUCCAGCAUCUGAGUGUUUCUGCAGAGCAGUGGCUCCCCCUUGUCGAGGUGAAACCUUCUCAGCUUGUUGAUUAUUUACAGCAAAAGAAAACAGAAGGCUACACUGCUAUUGGAGUGGAGCAGACAGCCAAAAGUUAUGAUCUUACAGAAUAUUGCUUUCCAGAGAAAUCACUGUUAUUGCUGGGGAAUGAACAUGAAGGAAUCCCAGCAAACCUGAUUCACCACCUGGAUGUCUGUGUGGAAAUUCCUCAGCAGGGGAUUAUUCGGUCACUCAAUGUUCAUGUAAGUGGAGCUCUGCUGAUCUGGGAAUACACAAGGCAACAAGUGAUCAAGCACAAACAACAAAAAUAACUGCCAAGA